GCUUAUGUUUAGUCCAAUCAAUGGCUUCAAUGCAUUAAACAGUGUUUGACUUAAACUGAAAGCGCUUUCAAAUUGAAAGAAAAAAAAGUGUUUUGUUUUUGAAGACAUCGAUCGCAAUGUCGUUACCAUUGAAUUCAAUCAAAUUGUGAUGAUUUACGAGACGAUGUCGUCGAUGAAGAUCUACCUCUUAAUUAUCGUUUUCAUUAAUUUCGCUCAUUAUUUGUAUUGUUUUGAUGAAAACGUUUGGGAAACGUAUGACACGAAUGACCAAAAUGUGCCGAAAUUUACCGAAACGUCCAAACAAUUGUACGAAACUGGAAAAAAUAUGUUUGAAGUGAUGGCCAAAAAAGAGACAAUGUAUGGUAAUUGUUGGCGAAAUGCCAUUCAAUCGCUGGACACUAAUUGCAAACAUUUAACCGAAGAAAGUCAGAGUCGAUUGGCCAUCACUUUUGCCAAUUGUUUUCUCGAAAAAUCCGGUCAAAAGACAUACCCAUGUAAUGAGCGACAAGACAUUAAAGAGUGUUUCAAACAUAUAGACAACCGAUUCUUUGACUCAUACACCGAAUUCUUUACUCACACGCAAAGCAUUUGUUUUUAUCUUCAGACAGAAUUGUGGCAACAGAAGACUGAAUCGACAGUUGAUAAGUUGACGCAAACGGCGGCUAAUGUCAAGAAUAGACUUGAAGAUGCGUCCAAACAAUUGGAUCAAUUGAAUGGAUUACAGGAGUUGUCUAUUGGUUCACAAAUGAGACUCAAUGAAGAGCUGACAACCGCUCGAAACACAAUCAAUGAAUUUAAGGACUCUUCAGCCGAACAGCGGUUUAUUGUUAAAGAAAUUCUCGACCGAUUUAUUCGUCUUCAAGACUUUAUUUUAAUUGAAGUUUCUUACGGCUAUUCAAUCAUUUUCUUUAUUAUUUCAAUAAUUAUCGUUUAUUUUAUUACAACACCUAUCCGUACAAAUGAAGCCCGACUUUGGCUUUUUCUCGUCUUAAUUUGCAAUUUAUUUGCCGAAAGAAUAAUAGCCUCGUAUUCAGUGGACGACCAGUUGGUAGGAUUGACGAGUACUUCAAUUAUUAUAAGUGAAAGAAUUUGGAUUUCAAGAAAAGUUACAUUACUUUUAAUGACAGCUAUAUUCUUAUGGUUUGCCAUCACUUAUAAAGAUUAUAAUUAUGUUAAUUAUAGUAUUUUGAAUGAACACACAAUGCGAUUAAACCAUAUUCAGGAACAACUUCGCCAAAUCACUAGAAUAGGUCAAUAUUCACCUCAAAAAUUAGACAAAUCAGUGGAUACUUUAGAUAAUGAAUAUUCAUCGGGAACUGAUAGCGAUUUCAGUGUCAACGACUCUGAUUAUAGUACAGAUGAUAGUGAUGUAACUAACGCAUCAUUUGAGACCUGCUCUACGGUGACAUUGAUGUCACAACCGAAUACGUAUCAUUCAAGCGAUUGUUUCAAUCUAUUGGACAAAAUGUUAGAUAAAGAGAAUUCCGAUUCUUUUACAAUUACCGGUAGUUCUCCUUCUGUAUCAAAGCCUUACGAUCUGAGGCCACGUCGGGCCAUAACAUACACUAAGAAUGGAAUAAUUGAUGAAUCGGUUAAUGAUUUUAUUGAAAAAGUGAAAAUAUCCGAAAAAAUAUCCAAAUUAAGUAAUAGACAAUUCAACAAAAGUUUAUUUUCAUCCGAUGAGGAUUAA